GGCGGGUCCGGGUCCGCGCGGGUUAUAAAAGGCGCUGCCGCCGGACCGACGCGCCAUCGUUCUCCCUGGUCCGCGAAAGUUGAGCUUCGCAGCCUUGGUCUCCGAGAGAGAAAGUGCGCAGCUUUUGUGUCCGAGAGACAGAGAAAGUGGGCUCCACCAUCCGCGCCAUGGACAUCGCCAUCCACCACCCGUGGCUCCGCCGCCCGAUGGGCUUCCCGUCGCUCUUCCACCCCAUGUGCCCGGCUCGCCUGUUCGACCAGAGGUUUGGCGAGGGGCUGCUGGAGAACGAGCUGAUGUCGGCCACCCUCUCCCCCUUCUACAUGCGGAUGCCCAGCAUGCAGAUGCCUUUGACGGGGCUUUCGGAGGUGAAGAUGGAUAAAGACAAGUUCUCUGUGAUGCUGGAUGUGAAGCAUUUUUCACCAGAAGAGUUGAAUGUGAAGGUGGUGGGUGACUACAUUGAGGUUCAUGCCAAACACGAGGAGCGCCCGGACGAGCAUGGGUACAUCUCCCGGGAAUUCCACCGUCGCUACAUGAUGCCAAAGGGAGUUGAUCCUUCGAAAGUCGCCUCAGCCCUCUCUCCGGAUGGAGUGCUGUCCAUCACAGCACCUACCACUGGCCAAGCUGCGCUGGAGCGCAGCAUUCCCAUCAGCCGUGAGGACAAGCCUGCUGUCGCCGGAAAGUAACCAGGCAGCGACAUGCAUGUCCUUUUGCAGUCAGUUCUGACCAGAAGCCAGCAUUGUGGGCCUCCUGCCCCCUCACUUUUGGAGAGUGGUCUGACAGCAUAGACUUUCUUGCCUUUAGGUGGUGAUCUUUCCAUGUGGCUUCCCUGCACUUGCUUAGGAUCUUCCCGGGCGUAGAGAUCAGGCCCAUUAUCAUCUUCUGGCUUAUGAGUCCCAUUCUGCUCCUGGCCUACUUUGUAUUGUUGCACAUGCUAAACUUCUUGGCUCUGUAUAAAUACAGAUACUGCUGGCAUAGUCAUGUGUACUUAAAAAACAAAUGUAACGAUGUAUACUUGCCAAUAAACUUGAAUUUACAACCUUUUCAA